AUGUCCGUGGACUCCAACCCCUAUGCGCCAAGUCCGCUGGACUUGGUGUCAAACGUGAACAACUUCCAAUUGAUCGAAUCGACGUUGAGAGAGGGCGAGCAGUUUGCGAAUGCGUUUUUCAGCACCGAAAAGAAGAUCGAGAUUGCCAGGGCGCUAGACGACUUUGGUGUGGACUACAUUGAGCUGACCUCGCCUGUCGCCUCCGAGCAAAGCCGCAGUGACUGCGAGGCUAUCUGCAAAUUGGGCUUGAAAGCCAAGAUUUUGACGCACAUUCGUUGCCACAUGGACGACGCCAAAGUCGCCGUGGAGACAGGAGUCGACGGGGUGGACGUUGUGAUUGGAACCUCCCAGUUUCUCAGACAGUUCUCGCACGGCAAGGACAUGAACUACAUCUCGAAGAGUGCCAUCGAGGUGAUUGAGUUCGUCAAGUCCAAGGGUCUCGAAAUCCGUUUUUCUUCUGAGGAUUCUUUUAGAUCCGAUAUUGUGGAUCUACUCAACAUUUACAAGACCGUGAGCGCCAUUGGUGUGAACAGAGUUGGUAUCGCCGACACCGUGGGAUGCGCCAACCCUAGACAAGUGUACGAUCUUGUGAGAACGUUGAAAAGCGUUGUUUCCUGCGACAUCGAGUGCCAUUUCCACGAUGACACCGGCUGCGCGAUCGGUAACGCAUAUUCCGCUUUGGAAGGUGGUGCCAAACUAAUCGACGUGUCCGUGCUCGGUAUCGGUGAGAGAAACGGGAUCACUCCCCUGGGUGGGCUAAUGGCCAGAAUGAUCGUGGCCGCACCAGAAUACGUCAAGUCCAAGUACAAACUGCACAAGCUAAGAGACAUUGAAAACUUGGUCGCAGAGGCAGUUGAGGUCAACGUCCCAUUCAACAACCCAAUUACCGGCUUUUGUGCUUUCACCCACAAAGCCGGUAUCCACGCCAAGGCCAUCCUGGCCAACCCCUCCACUUAUGAAAUCCUGGAUCCUCACGAUUUCGGUAUGAAGAGGUACAUUCAUUUUGCCAACAGACUCACGGGAUGGAACGCUAUCAAAUCUAGAGUUGAGCAACUGAAUCUACAACUGACGGACGACCAAGUCAAGGACGUUACUUUGAAGAUCAAAAAAAUUGGUGAUGUCAGACAACUAAGUAUUGAUGACGUUGACAGCAUAAUUAAGGAGUUCCACUCCGAUAUUCAAUAA